AAUGUAACUAUCAAAAGCAGAAACAGCUGUAGAGAUUACUUCAUCGCCGCAUUAAAGUCUUAACAAUAAUCAACAAAAAAUGCAAACUUCCCAAUACUUAAAUCAACUACACACCGCCGACAAAUUGUCCGAAGAGCCAUGGCCAGAAGAUGCGACGCUCUAUCAGCCCUUCGAAGCGGAACAGAUUUUAUUACCAGAGAGCGCUAGUUGCUUAGCUGUGAAAGCAUAUUUAAAAAUGUGCAAUUUGCCGUUUGGUAUACGCACUUGUGCAAAUGCGGAGCACAUGUCACCCGGCGGUCGAAUGACCAAGCUACCAUUCAUCCGCGCGGGUGCAUUUUUAUUUGCGGAGUUUGAGCCAAUUGUGAAUUUUGUGGAGCAGAAAGACAUGGCCAUAGGAAGCUGGCAGGAUGAGGAUGAAAAGGCAGAUAUGCGUACAUAUGUCUCGCUUGUAGAGAACAUCUUCACUAUGGCGGAGCUGUAUGUAAGCUUUAAAAACGAACGAGUCUACAAAGAGGUCACGGCACCACGAAAUGGAGCCGUUUAUCCGUGGCCAUUGAAUGUCAUUCAAAAUUAUAGCAAACGUCGCAAUGCACUGCGUCAAUUGAAGGUCUAUCAGUGGCACGAUCUGGAUAUCGAUCAAGUCAUUGAUAAAGUGGCCAAAUGUUGUGAGACACUCGAAUAUAAACUGAAGGAAUCACCAGAUACACCCUUCUUCUUUGGCGACCAGCCCUGCGAAUUGGAUGCCAUUGCCUUUGGUCAUUUGUUUACGAUCUUAACAACAAGGCUGCCAAACAUGGCUCUGGCGCAAACUGUACAAAAAUUUGGUCAUUUGGUUUCAUUUUGUCGCUUCAUCGAUGAGAAAUAUUUUCAAAUGAGGUGCUUGCAAGAGUAACUAUGAAAUGGUUCACGCUCCUAUCAUUUUGUAUAUAAA